ACAACAUUUAUGAAAGUAACUUUAUCAGCAUCCUAUAAAACUCACUUCCAUCUCCGACGUCCAACACAGAUCACCUCUGCACCUGCCGGACGGCUGCUGAUACUAUCUCAGGCGACAUCUUCUUCACACGGAGACGACGCUCCUACCGCUAUUCGUUCUCUGAACUCCGUUCUCUUAAAACCAGGAAAUUUAAAAACAAUCAGUGUUUGUAACUGAUCAACAAUCAUGGCGGAUUUGGAUGAGAUGCUUCUUGAAGCAGCAGGAAGAACAGGAAGAAACCAGCAUUCAACAACACCAUCAAGAAGACAACGAAAGGGUUCAUAUUCCGAUGAUGGAAGUGAUUCAAGAGAUGAUGAUUCAGACAAUGAUCGUGGGUAUAAUAGCAGAAAGCCUUCUGUCUCUCAAGUUCCUUUAAAGAAACGAAUAGAUCCUUCAGAACAUGAUGAUGAACACAGCAGCAGCCGUGAAGACGAUGAAGAUGAUGAUGAUGAUAGAUAUGAUCGUGAAAGAGACAGUGAUGAUGACUCAGUUGGAAGCGAUCUUUACAAAGGCGAAGAAGACAGACAAAAACUCGCAAAAAUGUCAGAACUCGAACGAGAACAAAUACUCGCUGAACGUGCCAAUAAAAAAAACGAUAAAGACUUGAAGAACAGAAUCAAGAAACAAACAGAAAAAUCGAAUCAGAGAAAAGACAGCCCCCCAACUCACACGGUCAACCGGGCAGUCCGGUCAUCUGCCCGGUCAGCCGACCGGGCAGCUGCAAAAGACGGCGCAUUGAACGAACUCCGUGCCCGGAAACGACUCCGCCAGCAGGAUCCAGAAUCUAACUGGAAACGAAGAGACACAGAGUCUACAGUCAAACGAAAGACCUUCACUCCAGCUCCUUUAAGCAACUCGAGCCGUAGUGACAGCGGGUCCCACAGUGAAGAUGAAGACUCAACGGGCGAAAUGGGCGAUAGUGAUGACGAGAAAAUGUCCAAAGAGUCCUCGGUUCUUAAAUAUGAAGACGUGAAGGGAAUCACAAUCCGAAGGUCAAAACUGGCAAAAUGGUUCAUGGAGCCGUUCUUUGAGGAGUUAAUCGUCGGUUGUUUCGUGAGGGUCGGAAUCGGAAAGUCCAAAUCCGGUCCGAUUUACCGCCUUUGCAUCGUUAGAAACGUGGAUGCCGCCGAUCCCGAUAAACAAUACAAAUUAGAAAAUAAAAUGACUCAUAAAUACUUAAAUGUCGUUUGGGGAAAUGAAAACUCAGCCGCCAGGUGGCAGAUGGCGAUGAUUUCAGAUUCCCCGCCUUUGAAAGAAGAGUUUGACCAGUUGAUCCGGGAGGUUGACCGCCACGGUGGACGGAUGCCUAGCAAACAGGAGGUGUUGGAAAAGCGGGAAGCCAUUGAAAAAACCAAUACUUUUGUAUACUCUGCUGAAACAGUCAAACAAAUGUUACAGGAGAAAAAGUCAACGAUAAGAAGACCAUUGAAUGUUGCAGCUGAAAAAGAUCGAUUAAGGAGAGACAUAGAAGUGGCUAGAGCGAAGCAGGAUUAUGUGGAAGUUGAAAAGAUUGAAGCAAAGCUUCUAGAACUAGAAGCUUCCAGACAAACACAACAAAAGGAUAAAAAAGCGAUAAGACUCGCGGAAAUGAAUAGAAAAAAUCGAGUUGAGAAUUUUAAAAAUGCGUCCGAAGUGAAGCCAGUGGCUACGGGUUUAAAAGCGGGUGAAGCGGGAUAUGAUCCGUUUUCGAGGCGGUGGACCCGGUCGAGGAAUUACUAUGUUCCGAAGCCUGGUGAGGCGGUGGGUGAAGGGAAUGGUGGGCAGGCGGCGGAGGCGGUGGUGGGUGGUGGUGUGGUGGCUACGGUGGCGGCACUGGAGGCAGCGGCGGAUGCUGGGAAGUUGGUGGAUACGAGUGCUCCGGUGGAUCAGGGGACGGAGUCGAAUAUGUUGCAUGAUUUUGAGCUUCCGAUUUCAUUGGCUAUGCUUCAGAAGUUUGGUGGGCCCCAUGGGGUACAGGCGGGGUUUAUGGCACGGAAACAGAGGAUAGAGGCGACGGUUGGGUGCCAGGUGCCGGAGAAUGAUGGGAGGAGGCAUGCGUUGACACUGUCUGUUAGUGAUUACAAGAGACGGAUGGGUCUCCUUUGAUAUGGUAGUAAAAUGGUUUAUGCUUUCUUAUGUUGGUGGAUAUGAACUUGAAUUAUGUUAUGUUAUUGCUAUGGUUGUGUUGUUUUUCUUUGGGCUAACCACAAAAAAUAGCAACGUACUUUCAUUUAUUUGUAAUCUGAAAAAUCUACUAAAUUAUAGCA